AUGGAUGAAGCCGAUUUCUCGGAAGAUGCAACUUCUGAGAAACAGGAGGAUUUGCCUUAUGAUGGGGACUUCUCCCAAAUUCAGAUGUACAACGAUUACAAUUUUACCUCAAAAUAUGACAUCCUUGAUGUCUCAAAUCAAAUGAAUUUAACAGAAGAGGACCUUCAAGAAAAGGCCACACAUAGAGAGACUUGCAGAAAGGCAGAUAUGGCCGUGACGUUGGAUAAAACAACUGAAAAUGCUGUCAGCAAAAAAUAUAAUAAAGAGAAUCAAUGCACCAUAAAUCUUCAUAUCCCAUCUAACCAAGGAGACCCUUCAAAGUCAAACAUUCCUGAUAUUUUACUCCAUCAUCUUUGCAAAGAGGAAUUCUCAAAAGGUCAAGGCAUUAAUUGUGAAACUCUCCCAGAGAUCUCUAAUGCUGACAGUUUUGACGGAGCUAUUAUUAAAAAUAUUAUUUUGCAGCAUGUUACGAAUUCUUGGCCAACAGAGCAAACCUCAGAACUCACUGACCAACUCAACUCCAAAAGCGAUGGUGAAAACAGCAAUAAGCCCGGGUGUUUGCCAACCACGACAGAAGAAAACACCUCUGAUUUAGAAGAUCCAGUCGCUGCUGGAGAAAGCAACCAUCAGGAAAAUUCAAAUUUUCUAACUAAAAUCAAGUGUCCAGGUGAUAAAGAAAAAAGUUGCCAAGGGCAGACACCCCAGAAACAGCAGGCUGAAAAAGCAAGUUCAGGCAACAGGUUCAAAUAUGGCCAAGGUCAAGUUCAUUACUGGUUCUCUGAUUCCUCUAAGGUUGCUCCUAAAAAUAACAUAAUUGACAAACCACUUACAACUGAUAAACAAGCCAGCUUUUCUCCUAAAUUGAGAGAUAAGUCAGCUAUUGUGCAAGAUAUUUCAGAAAGCAUGUCUAGAUCAAACGGUGUUGAAAAACAAGAGCAGAAAUGGAAAACUCCUGAAACUUCAAAACAGAUAGAGAUGGAGCCCAUGGUACACAUCCACCAAGAACAUCUUGCAGGAAUAGAAUCUGAGACAAGUCUCUCUAAGAUGCCAUUGACUUCUCAGAAAGACCCUUCCUCAAGUUCUUCUUACACAUUUCACACGAUAUCCCAAGGGAAACAGAUGUGUCAGAAGUUAAAAGAACAGACUGAUCAACUGAAGACUAAAGUACAAGAAUUUUCCAAAAGCAUAGCACAGGAUUCUCCCUAUCAUUUGCAAGAUAGGAGGCUGGUCCUCGAGAAAAUGCAGGGACACCUCGAACUGCUGGAAUAGGAGUUUCUGGCCAAUAAGGAAAAGCAUCUGACUUUGAAACAGCAAGUCCACAAGCGUGAAUCCCCAGCUGUCGAUGAAUUUGAUCCAGAAAGAAAAGUAGAAGGUGAAAUCUUCACAUUGGAGAUGCUACUUGAAGAUUUUAAAGAGAAAAUUAAUAAAGGCAAAUACACUUCAGCUGUCUCUCUUCCCGUGAGUUCUCAAAUCAACCUGGAUAACUUGUCAUCCACAUCCUCUCCAUCCUCAAAUGAGGAGGAGCCUAACAAUGCUGCGGGGAGGCAGGACAGCACAGAGACGACCGGUGCAAGCUGUGCCUUCUGCCACCAGGUCCUUGAAUGGAAGCAAAAAAUGGAGAAAAAAGGCCACAGAGGAAUCAACCGUGGAAGGUUUCCUGUUGCCAUUCAAGACAAGGCACGGCACCCAGACUCAGUUCUCGGUUCUGAUACAGGACUCAGCUGCUAUUCUGCUUCUGGGACUGGACUGCAGAGUAAUAAAUGUGAGAACUGCAGCACUAAGAUUUAUAACUCCCGAGACUGUUGCUCCCAGGCAAUGAGUUGUAUUUUUAAUCUUUUCUUUUUAGAAUUUCAUUACAUAUUCAACACCCCGGGACAAAAUUUCUUUAAUCACAGCAAAAGAAGUGCCUUUGCCCAGCUCUGUUAUUUAAAUGAAAAUAAAAAUUCUUCACUUUGUAAGUACAUCUGCAAGAUCCCAUCUUUGUACACAACCUAA